ACUAAAAGCGUCAAAUGACAGCAAAAUGAGCGAAAUGACUGAAUCCAAUAUAACACAAUUUCAGGAUGAAUGCAACUGUAACGACCAAACAAUCAUUUGCGAAAGAUGUCAGUCUGUCGUCCUGCUUCCAAAGAAAGCAAAAAAUGCGAAAAUUGAGAAGUUCCUGCCACACAUGAAGAAGAAAUCGGAGCAGCAAGAGCCAGAUGAUGGGGAGACACUGGAGGAAUUCUGGCUCGUGGAUGACAUGUUUACGUUCGAAAAUGUCGGCUUUUCCAAUGCUGUAGAUGGCAUCAAAUACCUUGUCUGUGCGGACUGUGAAAUUGGACCAAUUGGUUAUCAUGAUACAAAGAACCAGAAAGAGUUCUACAUUGCUCACAAAAGAAUACAAUAUAAACAAUGAAUCAUGAUUCAUAAUCUUAAUAUAGUACUUUUUGAUUUCAAAUAAGGGAUUGAAUUUAUAUACAUGCUGUUAAAAAAGUGGCCAAUUGUAUAAAACUGAUAUUAAAGAGAAUGCACUGAUAUUUAGUAAAAAAAAUGUUGCAAAUAGUUAUUGUGUACUAAUUCCAAAACAUAUCUCCAAACUAGUUAAAUCGAUAUAAGGGAUCUCCAUAGUUUAAUACAUUGAGAUAUAACAUAGAAGAAAAUUGUUUCAGUGUAAAAUAGCAUUGCUACUCGUGAAAUACAGCCUUUAAUGUUCACUCCAUGAAACAUCUUGGACUAAAACAAACAUUUUUCUUUAAUUUUAUGCAUGAAGUGCAUCAAAAUAAAUAUUUAAUUAAAAUUAAAUUAGACAAUUUUACAUCAUUGAUUUUUCUUUCCAUUACGCUGUGCGCCGACGUUUGAUUUUUUACAGUGAAACUGGCUAUAAUACUUGAAACAGUUAAAUUAUAUUCAAACAUAAUGUCAUUUCAGAAAUGACGUCAUUGAAUUUGCACAUUGAUGUUUGAUUUAAAACUGAAAGUGGGCUAAAAAAGUUGUCAAAACGUUCAAAUUCAAUCCAUGAAAGUGCAGCUUUAUACGUAACAAGUAAAUUUCCUAAAAUUAAGUGUCUUUUAUGCUUAUGAGAAUUACAACGAGUUAUGUUUUAAACAAAAACGAUAUAUCAAUUAAAAGAGCCUACAGUCUUUUAUACUCAUUACUAGAUGGGAACCACAGUUGAUAGUAACAAGAACUAAUGCCAUCAUACUGUUUGUUGACAUCGUAUAUACUUUAAGGCCCAUUUCAGUUGUCGCGUUUCAUUUAAUCAAUAAAUGCAGUGUAGGCAUAAAUGUAGACCUAUGGGACCACUUGUAUAUUUAUAAUAUAUUAUUGUAAAAUGUAUGUGUCUUGGUUUGAGCUUUUAUAUAUUGUCCAGAUUCUUGGUGGUUUGUGCAACCACAAAAAUGAUUCUCCCUUUUUUUCAUCACUUCAAGAUGUGGAGUGAGAAAGUGGAAUUUGUUUACUUGUUAGUUUUUAUAGGUUCAGACAUAUUGUGAACAAAAAUGCUUUGUUACAAUGGUAAAACAUUCAAUUUAUAGCUUUAUUGAUUAUAAUUAUUUAAAUUAUACUUAUAUACUAACUAAAUCUAUGACUGAGUCAUUUAACGGAAAAAAAUAUUUGUACUUUCACUUUCCAACUGCAUUUAUCAAUCUUUUUUUUACAAAUUUUGAAUUUUAAAUAUCAAGAUAAAAGUCUGACAUACAUGUAUCCUUGUGCAAUAUUUUUUUUCGUUUUAAACAUCUUGUGUAGCUUAAAAGUAUAUAAUGGAAAAAUAAACAAUUAACA